AUGCCAUCUGUGGGGAGAAGUGGCAUCCAAAGCUUGUUGAAGAGCCUGGGGGUUGAAGGCCAGUGGUGGCCUCAAACGCCGCGGCAGGCGCCAGCCCAUGCGCCCGGAGCUAAUCCAGGGCGGCAGACAUCGCAGAAGGAUAAGAGCCAGCUCAAGAAGGCACUUCGUAACCGCGGUGGUGCUGCGGAGGUGAACUCUAACAACGGAGCCUUGGGCGGAGCCGGCGGAGUUAGAGCGGAGAGUGGCUUCGGCCCGGGCCUCGCCGCCGCGCUGCCCAGCAUCAGCAAAGACACCAAAGAAGUCACCUCGAAGGGCCGAGCCUCUGAUGGAACCUCCCGAGAGAGGCGACCGAGCUGGGCUCCGAGUGCCACAUCCUUGGUGGAAGGAGCCGUUGUCCAGAUGUCUCGCAUGGUCGAGGCUGUGCGCGCUGCCGGCCCCGAAUACCCAGCACCCGUUGUGGCCCAUGGUGACCAGCUGUGCCAAAGUCUGCAGCGAGAGCUGUCCCAUCAGCUCUCGACGUGGUUCAAUGCCUUCGCCACUCAGAAGUAUGACGGCCGCGUUCCACCUCGUCUUACGAGCCUCGUCCGGCGCGGAGAGGCAGCGCAUCAUCGUCUCCAGGCGACGCUAGUCUGGCGCGGCCUCGAGAUCCAUGCAGAGCUGCAGCUUCUGCCAGGAUCUGCUGUAGCAGUGGCCGAUGCAUGGACAGAGGUGCUCUCUGACGGCUUUGCGGACGCCUUGGCUUCAGCCUUGGCCUCCACGCGGAACCAGCCAUUGGAGGCCUUGCUGGAGGCUCUGCUUGAAGCAGAAGCAGAAAGCGACGACGAGAUGUGCGAGGAGCCCUCCUUCUCAACGUGGCUUGAUGGAAGGGCUCCACUCCUUCGCUUCGGCAAGUGGGAGCGCAAAGCUUGGGACUUUCCGCCUUCGCGAGAAGAGAAGACGGAGCUCCUGAUCCUUCACCUCCUCUCAAGCUCGGAGCGGCCGGCCGAGGUGUCGCCAGCUCGCCGGAGCCCUCGCUACUCUUGCGCUUCUUCUGCCCGUGGCUGA